AUGGCCAUUGAUUUAGAAACAUCUUGCCAAAUGGCCAAUGAACCCCCACACGCAAAAGAAUUGGAAAGCCACCCUAUAAACACUCCCCUUGAGGAAGCACAAAACCUACAAAAGCUCUUUCCAAUUAUUAGCCCCCCAACCAAUCCCCAACAAUCAUCCAAGAGUCACACCCCCACGCCUGCCCUAGACCUAAUUAAUAGUGUGGAUACUCAAGAUGCCAACCAUUGCUUCAGCCAGCCGGAGAAGACAAAGGCUUCUCCAAAUUCUUCGACAAACAAGAUUAACAAUGGAAAAUCUACCACUACCCAACCCUCAACCAGUCAAUCCCCAGAUCAUCUAUGUCCAACCACCCCAAGCUCAAAAUUACCAACCUGUCUCAUGGAUGGAGAUGGGCCUCAUGGGACAUGCAUGCUCGUUCAACAUCCAAGUGAAUGGCCAAGACACUGUGAUCAUACUACACGACACUCAAUAUCUAGCCCAACUAGUGACAGAGGGCAUGAGGUUGGCUAUGAAAAACUACUUGAACCAAGCUUGGCUAAACAAUAUACUUCAACCCCUAGCCCCGUCAGUGAACCCACAGUUGGUCCAUGCAAUGAGGAACCAAUGGAACCUCCCACCCCAUUUCAAUCCAAUAUACCCACAGAAUGCCCUAAUGGAUAUGCCUUUCUUCAUGCUGGAGAACAUCUCCCAACUAAACCCCAUUCUCUUACCAUGGGAGCAGCCACAGCCACCCCAAGCAACUCCAACUCCACCACCACCCCCAUCCCUACCAUCCAGAAAAUAUCCAAGAACCAGUGGAGGAAGCAAUGGGAGAAGAGGAAGAGCCACUGA